ACCACCUACUCCAGAUAACCCAGCUUUUAGAAAGAUAUUUCCCAUUCUCCAGGUAUCACCACUAAAAAUAAAGCAGAAAACGGAAAAAAUUUGUAGUGAACAUGCAAAAGCUUGAAGGCAAAGUGGCCAUAGUGACGGGUGGUGCUAGCGGCAUUGGGGAAGCAGCAGCACGCCUUUUUGCCCAUCACGGCGCACGCGUUGUCAUCGCGGACAUCCAAGAUGAAAAGGGCAGAGCUUUGGCGGAAUCCACCCCUUUACAGAGGUGCAGCUACGUGCACUGCGAUGUCAGUGAUGAAAAUGAAGUGAAAGCAAUGGUGGAUUCAACUGUCCAAAAAUAUGGUCAACUCGACAUCAUGUUCAGUAACGCAGGAGUCGUUGGUAACUCCGGUCAAAAGGUACUCGAUCUAGAUCUUUCCCAAUUUGACAGGGUGCUAAGAGUCAACGCACGAGGCAUGGCAGCGUGCGUGAAGCACGCAGCACGAGCCAUGGUGGAGAAGCGCGUUAGAGGGAGCAUCAUUUGUACAGCCAGUAUUGCGGCAAGCAGGGCAGGACCGUGGCGGACGGAUUAUGUAAUGUCGAAACACGCUGUGUUAGGACUCAUGAGAUCAGCUUCAAGGCAAUUAGGUGAAUAUGGAAUAAGGGUGAAUAGUGUUUCGCCAUCUGCAGUAAUGACGCCAAUUAUGUUGAGUGCGGAGCAGGAAACAUCAAUGAAGGUUCUGAAAAUGUAUGGGAAUUUGACUAGUUUGAAGGGAAUUACACUGACGGUGAAGCACUUGGCGGAUGCAGUUCUGUUUCUAGCUUCAGAUGAUUCUACAUUUGUGAGUGGGCAUGAUUUGGUGGUGGAUGGUGGCUUGCUCUGUCUUCCAUCUCCAAAUAGUUCAUUAUGAAACAUAGAGAACCAAAGAAUUUUUCUUAUUUGAAUGGAGCUUUCGUUUGUCUUCUGGAGAUAAUAUAGCUCUCUUCUCUUAGGUGCAUUUUGAUUUAGCGUGGUCAUGUAAAAUUAUCCAAAUUCCAAUGUUUUGAGUACAUUUAUGAUUCUGCAGAUAGAGAGUUACAAUUCGAGAAGUAGUGGCAUGGUCCAUGGAGUGUCUUUUAGCACAUGUUUAAUUAAUCAAUAAUGUUGCACCAAGUGAAGUUAUGGUAUUCUCCUUUGCUA